AUGCCCGAAGGAUUCACGGAUGGAGAGAGCUGCCGGAAGCUGAAUAAGGCUCUUUAUGGUUUGCGGAAGUCCCCGAGACUCUGGCAACAAGAAGCUACCCGAGUACUCGAAGAACUUGGCUUCCAGGCCGUUCCAGAAGACCUCUGCCUUUUCACCCGCAGCGGCAUCAUAGCCUUCUUCUAUGUAGACGACAUCGUCAUCGUCUACCAUCGCUCGAAGUCUGGCGAGGCCAGUCAGCUCCGCACGCAGCUCCAGAAGCACUGGGAGCUUCGCGAUAUGGGAGAAGCCACCUGGUUUCUUGGGAUUCGAAUCCUGCGCGACUGGCAAAAUCAUAAGCUCUGGCUCUGCCAAGACUCCUACUUCUCAUCGGUAGCUGCAUGCUAUCAUCUUUCCAGUGGUCGGAAAUAUCUCUCACCACUGCCCGUGGAACGUAUGGCUUCGUUCACAGGCCAGGCUACAGCCUCACAGAUCCACGAAUAUCAGCAAAAGGUCGGAUCCGCUCUAUACGGGACCAUCAUCACCCGUCCAGAUGCUGCGAAGUCUGCGAGCCACUUGGCCGAAUUCCUCACUAAUCCCGGACCUCAACACCUUGAAGCAGCCGACCGGCUCAUCCGUUACCUCGACUCCACUCGUUACUUUGCCCUCGAGUACCAUCCAAUGCAUGACCUCGAGCCUGCCCUUCAAUUUGUUAGCGACGCAUCAUUCGGCGACCACACGGACCGCAAGAGCUCGGAAGGAUACCUCUGCAGGCUGUUCGGCGGGGCAGUCGACUGGAAAGCUGGAAAGCAAAGGACCGUGACAACUUCUACCACAGAAGCAGAGCUGCUAGCCCUAUCCGAGGCAGCGAAAUCAGCUCUUUGGCGGAAACGUCUACUCGCCGCAGUCAAUCUCGUAUACCAGAACUCAGAAGCGAUGGAAAGUCAGUGCGAUAACGCCCAGACCGUCGGCCUUCUCACCAAGGAGACGCCUCAACUCAGUACUAAGCUUCGCCAUGUUGAUAUUCACAAUCACUGGCUUCGGCAGGCCGUCCAAGCCGGAGAAAUUGCUAUCCGCUAG